GCGCCCUUUGCGGCGAGACAGCGGGAGGAGUAGGGAUCUGCGUGCUGUGCCAGCGCUCCGGGCCUGAGCUCCUGUACAGAUCGCGAAGGAUGCCGAGUUGUGACUUGGCAAACUGAAACAUGACUGAUACAGAUGAAACCCAGGCUUCUGGCUCUGAUUACCCCGAUGCCCAAGAGCUGAUCAGCCAUCAGCAGGAGGAGCCAUCUGAGGUGCAUUCAUGGCAAAGGAAUACAGGAACAGAGCGUUUGCAUUCAAGGCAGAAGGUGGCUGCUCCUAGGGAGUCUUCAGAUCAUCCUAACAGCAUGUGUAAAUCAUCAGCAGCUCCAGCUGAGGUUUUACUGAUUAGCAGUGAUUCAGAAAUUGAUGUGUCUGCAGCUCAUCCUGAGUGCUCCAUUGCUUCGAAGCGGAAAAGGAGAUCUCAAUCUUCAAGGCAGCAAGCUGAAUCUGUUACAGGAGUACCUGACAAUGAAAGUUCCUCAGAUUCUUCUCUGUCUCCCCAAAGACCAGGGAAAUCAUUGGAAGUUCCCAAGCAGCAGAAGUCAAAACUCAAUUUGAAGGCCAUUUUUGCCUAUCACUUCAGGGGAAGGAAGUUCAAAGCAGCUGCACACCGAAAAUACAAAAUUUACCCACAGAAGUACAAGAAGAAGGAAAAAAAGGAUGAGGGCACACGGAUGCCCACGGGGAGGCCCCCACUCACAGCCUCACCUCAGGAGCAAAAGAGGAGGCUUCUAGACAGAGGUCUUCAGUUCCCUUUUGUUGAAAAACAUUAUGGGGAGAAACAUAUUCCCUUAAAGAUGGUUCUUGGCUAUGAGCAAGCAGCUGCAAAGGGAUAUUUCAAGUACAUUGAAGUGCUUAAAUAUGAAGACCAUCUUAAAAAAGCUUUAAAAACCCUUCAGGCCAGUGAUGACUUAGAAAAAGAAUGUAUGGUGUUUCGGAAAUACAAAUACUUAGAUGAUGAAGGCCCCAUUUCCCCUAUUCGGGAGACAGAUGAUGAUGAGGACAGCUUGAAUUCUGAUAUUCAGGAACCGUUUGAUGCCAGAGUAGUGGAGAACAGCUCUUUCAUUCUAAGCAGUACAAUUCCCAGUAAAAAAAAGUCAAAGUCAGGAAGAAAACGUGCAAAAUCACCAGAAGUGAUUGAAAUAAUGGAUGAAGAAGAUGGUGCUGAAGAGAACUCGGUGCCUCUGCAAGGCUCAGCUCGGUGAGCGGCAGAUGGACAAAAGGGGUGGCAGUGGUCGUUCUGCAGAUACCUCUUUCAUGGGCCAGUUUGGUUUACAACAUCAGUCUGGAGUCGGUGUUGAACUCUCCACCCAGCUGCCUAGGCACAUUUGCCUUACUUUUGUUGUUUUUGAAGAUGAAAUACAUCAUGUUUUUUUUGGCUGCAUAAGGUAGAGAACUACACUGGGAAGUACAUCAGGCUGGCACAGUGUAAGUUGUCCUGAGGAGUGUAUGUGGGUCUGAACUCCUCACCACAAUUACCUUGGUUCAAGCUACCUGUCUAGAACUGGAAAGCGUGGUCACUGUCAGCUGCUUCUACUGCUAACAAUGAACACACUGACACUGCAGCAGCAGCAGUUGUAACUUCUUGGGGAUCUCUUGAAUUCUUAUGGCUGUUUGCUGACCUGAUUCACAAAUCCAUUACUUCAGUGGACAGCAACAAUGGUAGCAAAAGAGGGGCAUUCCUGUGAUGGGUGGAAAAGAUUGGAAGGCCUCUACUCAGGUAUAAAAUACUUUGUUGUGUCAUCAGCAUUCAGCCAGUGUAACUGUCUGGCUGGCUUCAUACUGAGAUAAAAGCACACAAUCUUGAUGGACUGCUAAAAUACUGAGGAAACCUGAAAGUAUUACUUAUAUACAACAAUUUAUUUUAGGAAGUGCACCUGAAGUCCAGUCUGAAGUAGCAUCUUGGUACUUAAGAGGAAGUGAAGGAAGAAAUGUAGGAUGCCAUUUCACAGAAGUCUGAAGCUGCUUUGAGGGUGCUCGAGCAUACUGAACAAAGUGAACUGCCCUGAGUUUAAAAAAUGGAAGCAACCUGUUGAACAGGGUCUGCUUCCAAGGUGCUGCCUGUCAGAGGGAUGAGGAACACCGUGUGGGAGCUACCAAAGUGAGUGUGAAGAUCCUGAUGAUGUUGCUGCAAGCCUGCUGCAAAGAACUGCACAGCUGUUAUAAAUGAAGAAAGAACCUUCUCUAGAGUUUAUUGCAGUUUUUUUGGAAUUAAACACUCAUUUAAAGUU